AGAUCAAAGGUCGCAUGCGCCCGGUACUAUUUAUACAGCUGGAAUCAGCCAAUCAGACAAAGGCAUAUUUGACUCUGAGGUUACGUCUCUCUUCUAGUCUCGUUGCAUUGUGAAGGAUGCACGACAAAGGGAGUUCUUGCUGCUGCUCCUUUGAGGACUACAAGCUGACCACCGAGUGGCUCCUGAACCAGACGAGGCACCGUCCAAAGGUGGCGGUCAUCUGCAGCUCAGGACUCGGACUCCUGGCUGACGCUGCCUCCAACAAGCAAACCUUCAGGUACCAGGACAUUCCAAACUUCCCUGUGAGCACAGCCCCAGGUCAUGAAGGCUGCCUGGUGUUUGGGACUGUGGAUGGCGCCGCGUGCGUCUUUAUGCAGGGUCACUUUCACCUGUACGAAGGUUACUCGCUGUGCCAGGUGACCUUACCUGUGCGGAUCUUUAAGCUGAUGGGGGUGGAGUCAAUAAUUGUGACUAAUGCCUCUGGAGGAAUCUGUCCAGAUUUCAAGGUCGGUGACAUCAUGAUCAUCAAAGACCACAUCAAUCUGCCAGGCUUCGCUGGACAACACCCACUGUGUGGACCAAAUGAUGAAAGGUUUGGGACCAGGUUCCCCUCCAUGUCUGAUGCCUACAGUAAGGACCUGAGGCGCCUGGUGUCAGAGGUUGCCUGUGAACUGGACUACAGUAGUUUCCUCAGGGAGGGGGUGUACUGCAUGGUGAGCGGCCCAAACUUCGAGACCAUCGCUGAGGCCAGAAUGCUGCUGGUGCUGGGCUGUGACUCAGUGGGUAUGAGCACAGUCCCUGAAGUGACUGUGGCCAAACACUGUGGACUCAGAGUUCUGGGUCUGUCGCUCAUUACCAACAUGGUGUCCUUGGACUACAGUCGGGAGGAGAAGGUGAACCACGAUGAUGUUCUUCACAUCUGCAAGACCAGAGCCAAACUUCUGCAGAAGCUGGUGACUGAGCUGAUCUGUCGUCUCCAGCAACAAAACAUCAACACAAACUGACACCAGUGAAGAAACACAAUUAAAGGUGAUAGUCUGAGAACCGACAA